CGUCAAAGUGCCCAAAGAGACCGCAAGGGACACAUUUGGCCAUCUGCGCGGUCUCUCGGGCUUUAAGAGCAGAGCUGGGCCAGGGAAAAGGGCCAGAUUGGUGGCGAUCGCGACCGUUGCUGUUGUUUUCUGUUGUGCGCCCGAGGGAAAUACUGGGGACCUUCGCUCUGUAGUCGGCCACGACGAGCUCGAGCUCGCACCCCCUCCGUUCCUUCAUCUUGCUUGUUCCAUCAUUCCGGUUACGUUGUCUCCAUGUCUUCAUCCUCGCAGAGCGCGGUCAACCAGAAGUCUUUCCAUUCCCACUCUCCCUCCAACAGCCGCCGCCACUCCAAAAUCACCGUCGAGUACCACCGCCCGUCGAGAGAGUCCAUCCAGGAGUACCACAACCUCCUCGCAGAGGCCAACCUCCACGCCGCCGCCGCCAACGAGUACUCUGACAACUUCACCCCCUCCCGCACCGCACCGCCGCCCCCGGGUCCGCCCAAGAACGCCGGCAGUGGCACGCCCCCCCGGGUCCGCAACUCUCUUCAGAAGCCUCCCCCGCAGCGCAAGCCGGCCAACAACGUCGAUCGCGACCCCUUCCGCAACGACCAGUCAAUGACGACCACCUCGCCCCCUCCCCGCCCAUCCAGGGCCAAUACGGCCACCCUCAACGACAUCUACCCCACCCAGGGCAAUCUCGCCCGGCAUCGCCUCUCCGAUCCCGUCCUGAGCCCGCAGGACGUCCCGUACUACCCUGACCUCGCCGAGCAACAGCAGUAUCCCGGGCAGCAGUACCCCGGGCAGCAGUACCCUGGGCAGCAGUCGUCGCCGAGCCAGCUCGGCCAAUACACGGCCAACUACGACAUCCCUCCCCUGCCGCCCACCCCGUAUGCGCCCAGCACGGCGUCGACGAUCAGCGCGGCGGGGAGCCGAUCGCGGAGCAGCACGACGACCAAGUCGAAGAAGGGUAUGUUCACCUUCAUGUCCGACUUCCUGAACAGCUCGAAGCGGCCGGAGAUCAGCACGCCGUACGACCCCGUCCACCUCACCCACGUCGGCUUCAACACCUCCACGGGCGAGUUCACGGGGCUGCCGAAGGAGUGGCAGCAGCUGCUGCAGGAGAGCGGGAUCUCGAAGUCGGAGCAGGAGAAGAACCCGCAGGCGGUCAUGGAGAUCGUCAAGUUCUACCAGGAGAACAACAUCGCCCGCGGCGACACCUCCGUCUGGGACAAGAUGGGUGCUAUCGCCGCCCCGCCGCCCCCGACGCCCGUCGCACCCGCGCAGCCGAAGCCCUUCGAUGACGGAUUCGUCAAUCCUCGUGCUGCCCCUCCCCCUCCGAAGAAACAAUCCAGCACCCCCCCGUCGUCCCAUCGCGUGGCGCCAGCCCCGCCCAGCCCCGCCACGCCCUCCCUCGACCGCUCGACCUCCCAACGCCUCCCGCAGACCAAGCCCCCCAAGCCCGCCGAGCAGCUCGCCCGCGCCAACACCACGAGCGACCGGCGUUCUCCCGGCCCCGGCCAGCAGGCCCCGCGCACCCCAGGCUACCCCGCUGCCACGGUCGUGGUGAAGCCGCCCAAGGCGUCGCCCGGCUCCUCACAGACGGACCUGCCGCUCAAGGCCUCCCCAAGCGUGCGGGAUCGCGAGCGCGAGGGCCGCGGGCCGGCGUCGCAGCCUGCGCCGAGCGCGGCCGCGGCGAGCCUGCAGAAGGCCGCUGCGGCGGGCGGCGCGACGCCGCGACGACGGGAGAAGAAGGACAAGGACCCGGCGAAGGAGGCGGACAUCGUCAAGCGGCUGCAGCAGAUCUGUACGGACGCGGAUCCGACGAAGCUCUACCGGAACCUCGUCAAGAUCGGUGCGGGUGCUUCAGGUGGGGUGUACACUGCGUACCAGGUCGGGACGAACCUGUCCGUGGCCAUCAAGCAGAUGGACCUCGACAAGCAGCCGAAGAAGGACCUGAUCAUCAACGAGAUCCUCGUCAUGCGCGCAUCCCGGCACCCGAACAUCGUCAACUACAUCGACUCGUUCCUCCACAAGAACGAGCUCUGGGUCGUCAUGGAGUACAUGGAGGGUGGCUCGCUCACGGACGUCGUCACCGCCAACCUGAUGACAGACGGCCAGAUCGCCGCAGUCUCCCGCGAGACCUGCCAGGGGCUCGAGCACCUCCAUCGCCACGGUGUCAUCCACCGCGAUAUCAAGUCUGACAACGUCCUGCUCAGCAUGAACGGAGACAUCAAGCUCACUGACUUUGGCUUCUGCGCGCAAAUCUCCGAGGCGAACGCGAAGCGUACUACAAUGGUCGGUACGCCGUACUGGAUGGCCCCGGAAGUUGUCACCCGCAAGGAGUAUGGUCCCAAGGUCGACAUCUGGAGUCUGGGUAUCAUGGCAAUCGAGAUGAUCGAGGGUGAACCACCAUACCUGAACCAGAAUCCCCUGAAGGCGCUCUACCUCAUCGCGACCAACGGAACGCCGCAGAUCGCGAACCCCGAGCAGCUUUCGCCAGAGUUCCGGGACUACCUCGCGAGGACCCUGGAAGUAGACGCGGAGAAGAGGCCGACUGCGUCAGAAUUGCUUCAGCAUCCGUUCUUCAAGCUCUCGGAGCCGCUGAGGACGUUGGCGCCGCUCAUCAAGGCCGCCCGCGAAAUCGCCAAGAAUAAGUGAGGGAUCGUCGUCGCUGCAUCGCCGGUAUUGCCCCCUCUCGCUUCCUCGCUUCCUUUUCAUCACGUCAUGUCAUGCACCGAUCUAUCUAUAUCCACCAUCCACUCAUUCCCAUAUCCAUCGAUCGACUGAACUCCUCCCUAUUAGUGUUGUGUACGCGCGCCGUCGCCGUGUUUCGAUUAGGCCUCCCAACAAUGUCUCCGUCUCCGACCCGGCUCCAUUCCUGUCUCCGUUAUGCACACUGGUCGCGCGUGUUGUUUGCAAAUGCUCAGACGUCUAACCCUACGCUACGUUAGGAUACGGAUACGCGUCCCAGGGUGCAGUAGAUUCCGCAUUCGUUUCGCUCUCUCAAUUUGGACGCGGUCGGGGCGGGGCAGUGCAGGGGGGUUACUCGACUCGGGCUGCUCAUCGGGUUUUGCUGGUAGCGUUCAAUGGUCUGGCAGCUGUAUGUGCCCCGUCCUGGUGUAUACCCGUGAUGGUGAUACCUGUGUUGUCCAAUACGCCUGAUCGGCCUGAAAGAGUGCAUGAUGGUAUCAUAUUCCAGCAGAC